CACCGAGGGGGCGGGGUCUCAGCCUGGGGGGGGCGGGGUUUCAGCCUGAGCAGGCGCUGCCGUUACAGGCACCGGUCCAGGUCCCGGUCCCGGUCCCGGAGGCGGUGUCCGAGCUGCAGGCGGCGCUGGCAGCCGAGCGGCGGGGGCGGGCGGCGCUGGAACGGGAGCUGGAGCUGCUGCGGGCGGCGGGGCAGGGGUUGGCCCGGCGGCUGCAAGAGGCUGAAAGCCACAACCUGGAACUGGAAGUGAAGCUGCAGCGGCUGCAGAGCCCCCCCCCAGGACCCCCCCCGCCCCCGCAUGCAGGAGGUGCAGUGCCCCCCACGGACCCCCCAGCGGAUCCCGGCACGGGGGGCCCCCCCUGGCUUUUCCGUCCCCCCCUGGGGGUGCCCCUAUCGCGGCACCUCCUGCUCUGGGCACGG